UGUUAAGGGCGGCAAUUGAAAGUUAAUUUUGUUGUGUGUUGUAUUUAAUGUAAUAAGAAAGAAUGUAAAAAUAUAUGAGUUAUUGUACUUGCCGAUUUUUAUUAAAAAAUAGGUAAAUAAGAUGACAGCUACAUUUUUUAUUUUAAUACGAUGAUAUUUUGUAAAGUUAUUAAAUACAAUAAUUUAUAACCCCAUUGGAAUAAAAACCUACUGUACAUAUUACGUGAUGUUGUUUGUUACAAAGGUAUUUAAUACUGCACAGUUAAGUUUAUAUAAAUCAAAACAAUAUUAUCAGUUUUUUAUAAGAUUUAAAAGCUCUUUUACGGUUAUGAAAGUUCUCAACGUUGCGGAAAAGAACGAUGCCGCAAAAAGUAUCGCGGGCUAUUUGUCUCGUGGCUCUUCUAAACGGAGAGAAGGAUUAUCGACAUAUAAUAAAAUUUAUGAAUUUAACUCAUAUUUAUGGAAUCAAAAUUGCGAAAUGAUCAUGACUUCUGUAUCUGGUCAUUUAUUAAAUUAUGAGUUUGUUGGGGCAUAUCGUAAAUGGCAAGGUUGUCAUCCAUUAAGUUUAUUUGAUGCACCUGUAAUAAAGCAAUGUUCGGAAGAGAAUUCUGUUAAGAUUAAAAAAACUUUGGAAAGGGAAGUACAGAGAUGUGGUGCAUUAAUUAUUUGGACUGAUUGUGAUCGUGAAGGAGAGAAUAUAGGUUUUGAAAUUAUUCAAGUCUGUCGUGCAAUUAAGCCUAAUAUUCAUAUAUAUAGAGCAAAAUUUUCUGAGAUUACACAAGCAUCUGUAAAUAGAGCUCUUCAAAAUUUAUGUGAGCCAAAUAAAGCAAUUAGUGAUGCUGUUGAUGUACGAAGUGAAUUGGAUCUAAGAAUAGGUGCUGCAUUUACAAGAUUUCAAACACUGAGACUGAAACAAGUAUUUCCCAGGACUCUGGCUGAUAUGCUGAUUAGUUAUGGUAGCUGUCAGUUUCCUACAUUAGGAUUUGUAGUUGAAAGAUUUUUAGCCAUAAAACGAUUUAAGUCAGAACCAUACUGGAAGAUAAAAGUAAUGGAUAUCCGUGAUAAUAUUUCUGUGGAAUUUAGAUGGGCAAGAGGAACACUAUUUGAAAAAUUGCCUUGUGAAGUAUUUUUGGAUAUAUGUUUGGAACAGCCUAUGGCUACUGUUAAAAAAGUAUUAAGUAAACCUAAGAAUAAGUGGAGACCACUACCACUGGACACAAUUGAGCUGGAAAAGCAAGGCUCUCGUAAACUUCAUUUAAGCGCGAAGGACACUAUGAGAAUUGCGGAAAAAUUAUAUACUCAAGGUUUGAUUAGUUACCCACGUACAGAAACAAAUAUAUUUCCAAAAGAAUUAAAUUUAGUUCCAUUGGUGAAUCAACAAGUAAGCAAUUCAGCAUGGGGCAAUUUUGCACAACAAUUAUUAGAAAAAGGAUUGACUCCUAGACAAGGCAAGAAAAGCGAUCAAGCACAUCCUCCAAUACAUCCAAUAAAAUAUGCUGAUGGUUUAAAUGGCAAUGAAGCCAAAGUUUAUGAAUUUGUGGUUCGACACUUUUUGGCUUGUUUAUCGUGUGAUGCGGUAGGCCAAGAAACAACAGUAGAGAUCGAUAUAGCUGGUGAAAAAUUUGCUGCUAAUGGUCUACAAAUUAUUGAAAAGAAUUAUUUAAAUGUGUACAUAUAUGAAAAAUGGAAUGACAAAGAAAUUCAUAUAUAUCAAGAAGGACAAGUUUUCCAACCAACCAGCAUAGAUAUGGUAGAGGAAAAAACAAGUCCCCCACAAUUGUUGACUGAAGCUGAUUUGAUCAGUUUAAUGGAUAAGUACAGUAUUGGUACCGAUGCUACUCAUGCAGAGCAUAUAGAUACAAUAAAAUCGCGUCAUUACGUGGGUUUGAUAGAUGAAAAGUAUCUGAUACCUGGAAAACUUGGGAUUGGAUUGGUAAUGGGUUAUGAUAACAUGGGAUUUGAAAUGUCAAAACCAAACUUAAGAGCUGAACUCGAAAAGGAUCUUAAAUUGAUAUGUGAUGAACAAAAAAGUCCGAAUGAUGUUUUGGAAAUUCAACUAAAGAAAUAUCGUGAUCUAUUUAAACUAACGGUAGAACAUGCUAAUUUAAUCGAUAUUGCUUUAGCCGAUUACCUCGAUGAACAACCGAGUAAUACACAGGUAGAAAUUAGUCAUCCACCUCAAAAAGUUAUCUUUAAGUGUCCGAAAUGCAACUCGGAUAUGAUCCUUAAAGAUAGAAAGCAAGGCACGGGAAAGUACAUUGGUUGCAUGUCGUUUCCAACAUGUAAUAAUGUAAUUUGGUUACCUCAGAAUAUUAAACAUGUCGAAGUUUUGGAUGAAGUUUGUUCAGAAUGUAUAGGAAAUAUUCGUAAAUUAAAAUUUAAACUAUUGAGAAACGUUUUCCCCAUUCACGUUUAUGGUACUGAUUAUACAACUUGCAUAGGUGGUUGUGAUCCUAUGUUUAACGAAGCAUUAAAUAUAAAGAACGAAUGUAUUAAAAGUCAAGAGUCUGGUUACCACAGUACAUUUAACAGGACUAUUGUCUCAAAUUCAUCUUCAAUAGGGAACACUGUAACUCAUCCAUCUUCAAACGCUGAAAACAGGAGUUUAUCUGAAAGCAACGCAUCUAUAGGGUCCAUGCGAAAUGAGAACGAUGAUCGUUAUACAAGCAGAUCAAGAAAUGUUAAAAGACAAAAUGUUUCAAAGAAUAAUACAUGGAUCGAUGCUAAUAAUGUUAAUUCUUCAAAUAAUGAUCAAAGGUUAAUUAGAAAUGAACAAAAAACAUGGGGUAACAUCGAUGACGAUGCUAUUAUUAUGUGUAAUUGCCAUGAAAACGCGAUUCGAUUAACAGUAAAGAAAGAAGGACCAAAUCAUGGAAGGAUAUUUUACAAAUGUGCGAAGCGUCAAAAUAGUUGUAACUUUUUUCUUUGGGCAUCAGAAGACAAUACUCAGCAAAUGCAAAAUAAUACAAAUAGUAGUUCAAACCAGAUGUUCGUUGCCAGUACAAGCACUAGAUCAAGUGUUCAUGUUAAUAGUUAUCAAGAUGAUCUUACGUUAUCACACAAUGACAUUAAAUGCCAUUGUAAUCAAAACGCAAUACAGCGGAUUGUACAGAAAGAUGGUCCAAAUAAGGGACGUCCUUUUUACUCAUGCCCUAAGAGAAUAAACGAAUGUUGCAAAUUCUUUCAAUGGGCGGAUGAAAACGGUGGAAAUACAUAUAAUGGGUCUGGAGGACAAAAUAAAGGAACAUUUAGAGAAGAGAAAAAUUUAUCAAAAAGACGUCACAUUGCUACUGGUAAAAGAAAGUGUGGAAUCUGCGGUACAGAAGGACAUACAAGAAGGACUUGUCCCGAGAAUGCAAUGGAUUAAAAGAGAAGAGUAUAUGGUGUCAGCACAAAUACAAAAACUCAGUAUAAUGACAGAAAUGUAAUUGUAUUUU